AUGCAUCGAUCUCGAUCCCGCGAACGCCGACGCUCGCGCUCGCGCUCGCCUACCCGCGGCCCUCCGCGCUCACCACGAAACAACGGCGGCCGCGGCUACGGCGGCGACCGAGGCCACAAUGAUCGCGGCGGGGGCUACGGCGGUGACCGUGGCGGUGGCGACCGCGAUGGUGGCUACGGCGGCGGCCGUGGUGGUGGCUACAACGGUGGACGCGACGGUGGUGGUCGUGGUGGUGGAUACAACGGUGGACGCGACGGUGGCGGUCGAGGCGGACGUGGUGCAUUCCAAGGUGGUCGUGGCGGUCGCGGUGGCGGCGGCAACUUUUCCAUUCCGUCCGGCCCGCCGCCCGAGCCCGUCAAGUCGGAGCUCCUCCCGCCGCAAGUCACGUCGCUCUACCCGUGCCGCCCGUCGUUUGGUACUGCGGGCAAGCGCAUUGUCGUGUGGGUCAACCACUUUCAAGUCGACUUGAAGCCGCAAGGCGACGUCUUCCACUACGACAUUGGCAUCGCGCCGGAAGGCAAGGCGCCCCAGAACGAGCCACCGCCGAAGGACCUCUGCCUCAAGGUUCUCGCCGUGCUCAUCGACGUGAUGAAGGCCGAGUUUCCGCAGCAUGUGGUGGUGACCGACGGCCGGCGCAACUUGUACACACCGUCGCAAUUGCCGUUCGAGAUGCACCUCUUCAAGUGCGUGCUCACCAACGACGCGCGGCCCAAGGUAUUUGACGUGUACGUCAAGGAGGCCGACCCGUGCAACGUGCGCAUGGAGCAAGUGUGGGACUUCUUCUCGGGCCAACUCAACUACACGCCGUGCGAGGCCAUCCAAGCUCUCGACAUUGCGCUGCGCCACUCGGCCACCCUGCGCUUUACGGCGGUCGGACGCAACUUUUUCUCGCCCGACAAGUCGGCGCGUCUCGGCGAAGGCGCCGAAGUGUGGUUUGGGUACCACCAGUCGCUGCGCCCGACGCAGACGAGACUCACGCUCAACAUUGACAUGGCGGCGUCGGCGUUCCUCGAGGCGGUUCCCGCGCUCGACUACAUGAGCGAGGCGUGUGGGCUUCGUGGCGUCCCGAGCGAGCUCAGUCCGCAGCAGCACCACGCGGUCGCCAAGGCCUUCAAGGGCGUCCAGGUGCGCGUGCUGCACCGCCCCAACGUGAAACGUGCGUUCAAGAUUGUGGCCAUCUCGAAGGAGUCGGCGGCGCGGCGCUUCUUCAAGGACGCCGAGGGCAAGGACGUGUCGAUCGCCGAGUACUUUGCCAAGACGUACAAGCCGCUGCAGUUUCCGCACCUGCCGUGCUUCCAGGUCGGCUCCAAGUCGAGCUCCAACUUUUUGCCGAUUGAAGUGUGCCACAUCGCCGAGAACCAGCGCAUGCCCCGCAAAAUCUCGGACACGCAGGUCGCGUCGAUGAUCCGGUACACGUGCACCAAGCCCGAGGAGCGCCGGCGCAAAAUUGAGGAAAAGGUCGCGGAAGCCCACUUUGAAGCCGACACGUGUCUGGCCGCGUUUGGUGCGACCUUGAACCCGAAGAUGCUCGCGAUCGAAGCCCGCAUAUUGCCCGACCCGAAGCUGCGCUACGCCCGCGACGCGAUCGAAGUGCCGGCCGCCGGCGCCUGGAACAUGCGCAACAAGGGUUUUUUCGAAGGCAUGGCGAUCGAGUCGUUUGCCGUCCUCUCGCUCUGCACGGAGCGCGACUCGCGAGCGAUCGAAGACUUUUUCCGCGCCCUCGGUACCCAACUCGGCGCGAUCAACAUGCGCGGGCCGUCCAAGCCACCGCCGAUCCUCACGCGCCGCGGCGAGUCCAUCGAGAGCCUCUUUGGCCGCGCGAUCGACGCGGCGACACAGGUCUACGGCCUCCGGCCCCAAGUCGUCUUUAGCGUGCACCCGACCACGUGCGUCAUGAACUAUGGCGACCUCAAGCGCGCGUCGGACGUGACGUUUGGCAUUCCGUCGCAGUGCCUCCUUCUGAAGAAUGCUGCCAAGAAGCAGGCGCAGUACAUUGCCAACCUCUUGAUGAAGGUCAACGUCAAGCUCGGCGGGCGCAACGCCGUGUGCUCGGACCCGCUCCCAAAAGUGGCCGAAGUGCCCACGAUCAUCUUGGGCUGCGACGUGAGCCACCCGGGGCCGGGCGACAAGAGCCGCCCGUCGAUCGCGUCGGUCGUCGCGACCAUGGACGCGUACGCGUGCUACCACGCGGCGACCGUGCGCAAGCAAGGCCACCGCGUCGACAUCAUUGAGGACCUCGAAGGCAUGGUCAACGAGCUCCUCCGGCAGUUUUAUGCCGAGACGCGCCUCAAGCCCCUGCGCAUCCUCGUCUACCGCGACGGCGUCAGCGAAGGGCAGUUCCAGCACGUCUUGCAGCACGAGAUCGCUGCCAUUCGCCGCGCGACGGCCGCGCUCGAGGAAGGCUACUGCCCGCAGGUGACGUUUGUGGUCGUCCAGAAGCGCCACCACACGCGGUUCUUCCCGACGUCGGCCGCGGACGCGGACCGCAGCGGCAACGUCAAGGCCGGCACGGUCGUCGACACGGGCGUGUGCCACCCGACCGAGUACGAUUUCUAUCUCAUGAGCCACGCAGGGCUCCAAGGCACGAGCCGCCCGGCCCACUACCACGUGCUUUUGGACGAGAUUCAGUUUUCGCCCGACGAGCUCCAGAACCUCACGUACCAGCUGUGCUACACGUUUGCGCGCUGCACGCGGUCCGUCUCGGUGGUUCCCGCCGUCUACUACGCCAAGCUCGUCGGCGACCGCACGCGCCUCUUUCUGCAAGAAAGCAGCGACGGCGGCUCGACCGUCGACGGCACCUUUGUCGAGUCGACCGGCCGCCUCAUGGACGUCCACCGCAACCUCGGCCGCCUCAUGUACUACGUCUAGCUGCAUCCCCUCCAUAUAUUAUAUAUUGUCGAUUGAG